AUGGUAACUUACACGCCUGACGACGUUGAAAGCGACACUAUGAACAGUCCCAACAUGGAAGAUGAUCUUGCAGCGAUGGUUGAGUCCAUGAGGACUCGAAUGGCCGAAAUGGAACGGGAGCUACAGAAUGUUCGACCAGCUCAGCGGACCUCACCACCCCGAAGCGAACCAACACCUUCAACAACUGACUCCCUUAGGCGUCCUAGGCCUAAGAUUGGAGACACUGAACCAUACGACAACUCUGACCGAAGCCUCUACCCACAGUUCAUCAGUAAAUUGCGUGCGAAACUAAACAUCGACAAGGAUGCAAUCGGCAGUGCUUAUGAUCGCAUCUGGUAUGCUUUCAGUCGACUAACCGGCUCUGCUGCAGCCCAGGUCCUCCCCUGGAUGGACCACUACGCUGGAGAUAUGGAUACUGUCACAGAACAGACCUUAAAAGACUUUCUGAAUCACCUUGACUUCAAUUUUAAGGACCGUAACCUCCGUGAACGAGCCGUCCGUGCCCUAGGGAACCUAAAGCAAGCCAACAAGCCUUUCGCCACCUUACUCAAUGAAUUCAACCGACUGCUCAUGGAAGCUGGAGGUUACGAUUGGGAUAAUGAGGUCAAGCGGUCUUACCUUGACAAUGCAUUGAAUCAUGAAAUGAACGACCGAUUGGUCACCGUUGAAAAGAAGGAAAACUUUUCAGAAUAUGUUGUUCAACUCCAGCUCAUUGCGGACCGCAUGGAGAAGAAUGCCAGCCGAUCACGGACCCUACAGCAUAACAAUGCUAACCGUCGGGCCAAUAAUCCCAACCCAUCAAGCUUCAACACCAACCCGGCACCACCAGUGACCACCCCACAAGGCGACCAAAUGGACUGGACACCCACUAUCUCCCGCCACCGUCCGCGACAGACUGCCAAAUGGGUCCCCAGUGAGGAAAUAAAUGCAAGGAAGGAGCAGAACCUCUGUAUUCGCUGUGGGGCAUCAGGCCAUUUCAUAAGCAAAUGCCCGUACAAUGCACCCCAACGCACACACGUUUCAAAGACCCAGGUUGCUCCAAAGUUGGAGAAUGAUGAAGAUGAGAGGAGCCCCAGAGAAACACAGUUGGGAAAAGAAUAG